CCUCACUACUACUGGCCAAAGAGACAAGCAAACAGAGACAAGUCUCCCAGUCGGACACAAAGUCUUGCAACAUUGAAGGAUGACUUUCUUCCAGUGUCUUCUCUCCGUGAAGACCGAGGUCAUCCUGCUCUUGGCUCCUCUUCUGUUCCUUCCGUUGCCGUUGGUGGUGGGGACGUCGGAAGCACAAUGUGCUUAUGUUAUCAUCCUCAUGGCGGUGUUCUGGUGCACGGAGGUUCUACCACUGGCCAUAACGGCGCUGCUACCUGCAUUCCUUUUUCCCUUGUUUGGCAUCAUGGACUCCCAAAGUGUGUGCAUGCAGUACCUGAAGGACACCAACCUGCUGUUUGUGGGGGGUCUGAUGGUGGCCGUCGCCGUUGAGCACUGGAACUUGCACAAGCGUAUCGCUUUGAGGGUUCUCCUGCUCGUUGGUGUGCGUCCGGCUCUGCUUAUGUUGGGUUUUAUGGGCGUGACUGCCUUCUUGUCCAUGUGGAUCAGUAACACCGCCACCACAGCCAUGAUGGUGCCUAUUGUCCAAGCGGUGCUGGAGGAGCUCAGCAACAGCGAGGCACAGAUACCUCGGGAAAUGAACUCUGAGGAAAGCCAGAUAACUGACGUGGAUGGCAAGCAGCCCUCACAGUCGGAGAAACAGGCUGAGGCAACAGGCCCCGUGGUUGUGACUUUUUUGGAUACUUCUGUGGAGGUUACCAGGCAUAAGACGGCAGCAGAAAAAAUGAAGUUGUGCAAGGGGAUGACCUUGUGCGUCUGCUACGCUGCUAGCAUUGGCGGCACCGCCACACUGACUGGGACCGGUCCAAAUCUGGUGUUGAAUGGCCAAAUGAGCCAACUCUUCCCUGAAAAUGGUAACGUGAUUAAUUUCGCCUCCUGGUUUGGAUUCGCCUUUCCGAACAUGAUCCUCAUGCUCACACUGGCUUGGCUGUGGCUGCAGUUUGUCUUUGUUGGAUUCAACUUUAGGAAGACAUGGGCUUGUGGUUCUGUGAAGACCGAGAAGGAGCUCGCCGCCUACAACAUGAUCCGAGAGCAGCAUCGUCUUUUGGGGCCCAUGUCUUUUGGAGAGAUCAGUGUCCUGGGUCUCUUCAUUCUGUUGGUGGUCUUGUGGUUCACAAGGGAUCCAGGCUUUGUGCACGGCUGGGCAACAGACAUAUUUAACUCCAAAGCAGAGUACGUUACGGACGCUACUGUGGCGAUCUUCAUUGCCGUUCUUCUGUUUGUUCUGCCAUCUAAACCCCCACAUUUCUGUUCAUGGAGGACUCAGCGUUUUGACACAGUGUCCCAUCCAACUUCAAAUUCAAUCCCUCGUCUGCUCACCUGGAAAGUUGCCCAAAAGAAGCUACCGUGGGGAAUUGUGCUUCUUCUUGGAGGAGGCUUUGCUCUUGCCAAAGGGAGUGAGGUAUCUGGACUGUCCAAGUGGAUGGGAGCUCAAAUGAGCCCCCUGCAGAGCAUCCCUCCCUGGGCCAUUGCUAUCAUCUUAUGCCUUCUGAUUGCCACCUUCACAGAAUGCACCAGCAAUGUGGCCACUGCAACACUCUUCUUACCCAUCUUAGCCUCAAUGUCGCAGUCCAUCGGAAUGAACCCGCUGUAUGUCAUGGUGCCGUGUACGCUGAGUGCCUCCUUUGCCUUCAUGCUGCCGGUCGCCACACCUCCCAACGCCAUAGUCUUCUCUUAUGGAUACCUCAAGGUUUCAGAUAUGGCUAGGACGGGAAUAGUCAUGAACAUCAUCGGCAUUGUUUGCAUCACUCUGGCUAUCAACACCUGGGGCCGGGCCAUGUUUCAGCUGGACACCUUCCCCACCUGGGCCAACGUCACUAGCCCAUAAGGUCAUCCUGAGUCCCCCCUCUUACAAAAAGAUCUCUGGUCAGAGCCACUUCACAGUCUGUGCUGCUGAGACAAAAUCUACCACUGUGUGUCUUUCACCCACACCUAAGGUGAGCUUAUGGCAGGCCUCAGCAAUUAUUUUGACUCAGGGGCCAAAUUUAGAGGAAAAAAGUGUGUCUGGGGGCCGGCCGGCACAUCGAUUUUUUGAACACUAUCACAAAACCUCACAAUAAUGUCUGAUUAUGACAGACCGCCUUAAAAAAACGGAAUUACAUUUUAAUUUUUUUUACUGAAUGAGACACCCAGAAUGUAGAUGAAAAUAAAGAAUGUUACAAUAUUAACUAUGAAGGAUAAAACACUGAAUAUUGACAACAUAUGAAGGUCACACCCCCUCUCCAUCCACAUAUUUUACAAUCAAGCCAAACACAACAAAAAUGCAACAAACAGUGAAAUAUGAACAUGAAGGGUAACAAAUAAAGCCACCUACAAUGUGAUAUAUGUGAUAUAUCACUAAGCUUUACAACUUUCUUGUAAAAAUCUCCUUCCACGUCUGUCCCUGACACCCACAUUUCAGGCUCUGGAAACACUCUGUGGAAACACUCCACACCCACACUGCUUGGUACCUCGUCUGAGCUGCUGUGACUUACAUUACCAUAGUAACUAAUCACAUUACCAUAGUAACUAAUUACAUUACCAUAGUAACUAAUUAGUUUACAAUAGUAAUUAGAUGAGCAUAGUAACUAGUAUAUGAUGCAGAUUCCAAGCAUGUAAAGACUUAGUAUAGUUGAAGACUUCCGGUCAUUAUAAAAGAUGAGUGCACAUCAUAAUGGCAGCUACACUUUACAUCUUAAACAUCUAAAACAAUUAUUUGGGAAUGUCCGGCGGGCCAGAUUGAAAAGAUUAACGGGCCUUAAUUUACCCAGGUUUGUUUUAUGGGAUGAAGUGGUGAUGUAUCAGAAAUAACUUCAUUGCUAUUGUGACAGAGUGGAUGAGCUUGGCACUCAUCACUUGUCCCAACAGGUCAAAGUCACUUUCUCAUGUUAUUGAUUUGCUAGCAUUGCUAGCAGUACUGGUUUCAGUGAUAUGUAUUAAGUCAUGAUGGGAAAUGAUGAGGUGUGAAGCCUUGCUGCCCGCCUGUACCACGUGACCGCUUCGGGAUGCGGUUCAGAUUUUGCCGGGAGAUUCGACAACUCAUAAACCGCCCGAGCUCCACUGGAAAUGUGGGCUUUUGAGAGUUGCAGUCAGUUCGGAAAGUGGAAAGAGAAUAAAAAGAGUUUUUAAAAUGCAAAUAGAAUCAAAGAAUGAUGGCAAAUUUCACCCAAAACUGGUUACCGCUUUGGUAACAAUAUUAAAAAGUAUUGUUAUGAUUGGGUCGCAUCUUUCUGCGGGGUUUGUUCUCCCGGGAUGCAGACGGACCACUCCGGACAAGGUGUGCAGGUAGGAACAUGAUUAAAUCUUCGUAAAUCAAACACGUACCAAAAACAGAAAACAAGCAAAAGGAAAACGUGCCAAUCGCACGGGAAGCUAAGAUAAGCUUAGGAAUCAUAAACUAGGAGCCAAGAAAUACCAACGUAACCUGUUGCGUAUAGCAAACAAUGAAGCCAGACUGAGUGUGGCGAGAAAGGUGAAUAAAUAGCUCUCUGAUUAGUGGUCGACAGCAGGUGAGCGUGCCGACCACUAAUCAGAGGCAGGAGAACCCAAUUAAUCCCCAUGGUAACCAAAACAAACCCAGAGGUGCACAAAACAGGAACUAAGGGAGUCUAAAACUAACAGAACAUAACUAAAUAAAAUAUGAUCCGGGCCACGGAUCAUGACAAGUAUUGCCCGUGUCAGUAAACUUUUGGUAGAGUAAUGGUUGGCGCAUCCAGCUAUUGAUUUCUGGUAGCUGAUUAAAAAGAAUAUUACAGAAUGUGUUACAAAUGUAAUGUUUAGAGCAGGGGCAGGGGUCCCCACACUUUUUGACUUGGCACCGCAUUGGGUUAAAACAAUUUGGCUGGGGGCCGGGUAGUAUAUAUAUAUAUAUAUAUACAUAUAUAUAUAUAUAUAUACAUAUAUAUAUAUAUAUAUAUUCCUCGCACACUAUUUGACUGAAAGAGUGUGCAUUUGCCGCACGCUCGCCCGACACUGCACACAAGUGCGAUGUUGUCACGUUAUCGAUUGGAAAAUGCAUUUUUAGACAAUAUGAUUUGGGAGACACCGAGAGUAACAAGCGGUAAAAAAUGGAUUCGAAAGGACAGAUUAAAAAAAAAUUAUGAUUAAAAAAAAAAAUAAUAAAAAACUUGGGACUUCCCGCGGGCCAGAUUUUGGACACUGGCAGGCCGUAGUUUGGGGACCCCUAGUUCGGUGUUUUUCAACCAUUGUGAGAUAUUGUCUGGUGUGUCGUGGAAAAUUAUGCAACUUCACCUAAUUGGUCCAAAAAAUAUUUUUUGCAAAUCAAUAAUUAGAAUAAUGUGCCGUGGUCUAGUGCCUGUGCUGUGUAGAGCUUGGCAGGGUAACCACGUAAUACUCCAUGUCAGUAGGUGGCAGCAGGUAGUUCAUUGCGUCAAGGAUGGUUUGUGGGGAUCCCAAUAUGCAGAGCACAGCGGGACACAGCAUGCAGGUAUAAAGUCCCGCUAGGAAAAGGUGCUGAAGUAUAAGGAUGGCUUUGCAAAACAAAAGUCAAACUGAACUAGCUACAAAGUCAACAAAAACAGAAUGCUGGACGACAGCAAAAACUUACAGCACAACUUAAAUAGUCUUGAUUGCGAAAACAAAGCAGGUGUGGGCAAAAGCACUCAAAGGAAGGCGUGAAGCUGCUACAGGAGAACACCAACAAAACAGGAAGAGUCACCAAAAUAACAGCGCAAGACAGACACUAAAGCACUACACACAGGAAACAACCAACCAACUCAAAAUACGGCACGACAACUUGGUGGAGUUUCAUUUUUGAACCUUUUCUGCUGGUGGUGUGCCUCCGUGUAUUUUUUUGUGUGAAAAAAAUGUGCCGUGGCUCAAAAAAGGUUGAACAACAUUGCCCUAGUUUAUAGCGAUAAACACAUUUGAGAAGUGACGUUGCCGAGCAUCGAACCCACGUCUUGUGGAGUAAAAGGUGAAUGCGUGAACCAUUGUGCUACCAAUGUUCAGAUGACAUCACUGAUAUUAGGUCAACAUUCAACAUUGGAUAUUAAAUGUUUCAUCUGGAUUCAGUUUGUCAUCCUCCUUUGGCUUUAGUUGUACUUUAAAAACUAUUUUUACUCUCUAUCCAACUGACCACAAGUCUAUAUUUUCCAUGGAGCUUGGCCGGUUUAUGAGUUGUGGAAUCUCACUAGUUCUAUGUGUUGGGAACUAGUUGUGAAUAGGGUUGCAAAAAUGUACCACAGGAAGUAAAGCUUGGGAAGUUUGGAAAUAUUGACCAUUUUUUGAUUAUUCAAAGUUGGACAGCGUUUUUUUGAGGUUAGCUAAUUUGACCUGUUUUGGAAAGUCUUGACAAGCCAAAUGUUCUUGUUCUAUUGGCAGAUAAUUUUGCUUAGUUCAAAUAAAAUACCCCUAACUUUUGUAUUUUUUUUCUUCUUGUUUUUGAACACUGACUUUUUGCAGAGUAAUCCUCAUUUUUCUCUGACCUAACAUAAGUUGAACUAAAGAGAAGACAAACUAAACCCCCUGUGUGAGUUGGUAUGGUCUGAUGUGGUCAGUGGUGACAUCAUCAACCAGGAAACACCUGGCGGCUCCACCCCAAACAUUUGUGAAGGUGAGCUUCCACCACAUGUAAGUUAUCUUGCAGCACAUGUAAGUGAAACCAGUACUGCUUUAUAUGCCAGAAAACCAAGAAGAUCAUUAUGUGAAUUAGACCUUCCUCAAAAAGGUUCUUUGUGUCUUCUUCUUCAUGUACUUUCUGAAAUGUUCUUGUAAUCAGACCAUAUUUUGGGUAUACUAGAUGGAAUCUUCACCUGACAUGUUUGGACUGUCAUCUGCAGUCUUCUUCAGAAGGUGACAAUAUGGUGUGAUUACAAGAAAAAUAAUUAAGUUGUUCUGUCACAGAUACUAACAAUGAGAUCCCUGCAGUAUGAAAGAAAUGAAGAACAGUAAGACCAAACCACUGUAGCGCGUUCUUAAAAUGCCUGCUGGUGAGGUUUUGAACCGCAAUAACAAUACUUGAGAUGCCAGCAAUAAUUAUACUGUGUUAAAUGUUGCUUGAAUGUUUAAGUCAUGAUGACUAAUAAUAUAUUUACGUAUAAAUCCUUAAAAGGCUCCUCAGGCUCAUGCAUUUUAUAUUAUGCGUCGUUUUACUGCAAAUGGAAUACGGAUCCACUACAUUAAAUGUAUUGUGUAUGAAGAUAAAUGUAAUUUUUGUACAUAUAAAAAAAUAACAAAUAAAAUUGCUAUCUUCAUCCCUUUAUGUGACCUCUGUAAGGGAAUUGGGUGCUUCAUUUGAUUAAUGGGGUAAAGCACAAUCUGCACAUGAGGUGGAAGUAACUGUAAAAAUCAAAGCUGUGUCUGAUCAUUUACAAUCAAUUCUGUCUGAACUGCUGUAUUUGUUUUAAAAAACAUUUUUAUGUAUAUAUUUUUUGCAAAACUACUUUUGUAAUAAAUGCAUUUCUUAUUUGCAUUGUACAUAUUGUUGGCAAUAAACAUUAUUCUG